CCUAAAAAAGCCUUACAAAUGAGCAAAUUGCGUGCAGACAUUAUAUAUAGUCAUCGAAUACAACCUGAUUUAGCAAUACAUACAUAUGACGAUAUCUUUGCACAACAAUCUGAAAUUGAUCCUGUAGAACAGAAUAAUAUUGAAAUGUCUAAUUUAGAUAGUGAAAAUAAUCAGAGUUUUUUUGAAGAUACAGAAGAAUUCCCAGAAAAUAUAGAAAUAGAGGAAUUUUUGGAUGAGGAAUUGGAUAAUAAACUUACAGUAGAUAUAUUAGAUGAAGAAAGGUGGCAGUUUAAUGAUAAAGAUAUUGAAGCAGAAUAUGUAGAUAAAGAUGAAUUUUCUAUAAAUAAUAUUGUUCAUCUCGCAACCAAUACUACAGCAAAGUGUGAAUUAGCUACUCUUUUUAGAGAAUUGGAGCUAA